CCCAAGUCACGAAUAAAAGUAAGAAAUUCCGAAGAGACGUUCGGCGCCAUCGGACUGAAAUCCUGUUCAACGCAACAUUUAUUUGCUUGUAUCGUGUUGGCUGCUGUGUGAUCCGUCAUGAGUCUCACAUCGAAAGGACCUCUGUUUCUGAGGGUGAGUGUGCCUGAAGGAAUGGAUGCGGCACUCGAAGGCCUCACACGCGAGGUUCUGAAACAACAGCCCACAGACAUUUAUUGGUUCGCAGCUCAACAUUUCGAGAGGCUUGUGAGACUGAGGGACAUAGGAGUGGCGCGUGGACCGUCAUCACAAUGCUCGGAGCUGGCGAGCCAAGCCCAUUACGCAGCUCAGCUCAGAUCUGCUCAGUCCCUGCGUGCGUGCCUCACAAAGUGCGUGCUAGUGUUGCAGCAGUGCCAUGGUGAUAACAGUGCAACAUCUCGUGUGACCUAUGACCCCGCCUCAGAGCCGGCGCCAACGAUAGAACCAACAUAAGAUCAAUCUAGUGAAGAAGACUUGAGAGGCGAAGUGGA